GAGAACCCAAUAGGCUCUAGGCCACACACCGACGAACAACCCAAGGCAGCUGCCGAAGGAAGGGCUUGGCACCGUCGCGCGCCCGCCGGCAGUCCGCGUCCAUGGCGAAAGGCAAGUUCAAGCACAAGCCCACGGGGCAGCGCACCUUCUCCAGCCCCGAGGAGAUCGCGGCUGGUACUUCAGCAGACCGUCCAAGGACCUUUAACAAGCAUGACGAAAAGGAUGUCUACAAUAGAAGGGGGGAACCAGAAGAAGAAGAAUCUGAAGAUUUUGUGAAACCAAAACACAAAGGUACAGAAGGCCUGAUCGAGAUUGAGAAUCCAAACCUGGUGAAAUCGAAGAAUAUAAAGGUCAAGGACAUUGAUAUUGGUAAGACAACUGACAUCUCCAGGCGUGAAAGAGAGGAGCUUGAAAAACAGCAAUCUCAUGAGCGUUAUAUGAAGCGUCAAGAGCAAGGAAAAACAGAACAGGCUAGGAAAGAUUUAGAGCGCCUUACUUUAAUUCGUCAACAAAGAGCAGAAGCUGCAAAGAAGCGAGAAGAGGAAAAGGCUGCCAAAGAAGAGAGGAAGGCGGAAGCGCGCAAGUGACCUGCCAAAGUAAUGAACACGGUAGUUUUGUGGGAGAUGUGUAGCUGAAUGCUAGUAGUAAUUCCCAUGCUUCUGAUAUCGGUUGGGUUCCCGUUAACUGUACUUAAUUACCAUUUGAGUAGUAUAUGAGAUGGCUUUUCAAUGGUGGUGGUGCUCACCGACGAGCAAUGACCAAUGUCAGCUUCGUGCACGGUGUAGUAGCUAGAGCAAUAGCAACUUCAUCGAACGUUACUUUGAUGGUAUGUUGUUUUUCUUAUCCAAUCCUAGGUCCUUUGUAUCCUGCUGCGGUGUGAAUCAUCAGUGCAAUAUAAUCAAGGAUUUCAUUUUCAGCAAUAUAAUCAAGGAUUUCAUUUUCGUU